AUGCCAACAACAACCAAGAACCCGGACGAACUUCCCUCCGCAACCCUCCUCUCCAAGGUUGCUUCCUACCCCGUCCUCGACCGCGACGGCAAGGAGCACAGAUUCCAGGAUCUCUACGCAGGUCCGGAUACGACGGAGAGAACACUCAUAGUCUUUGUACGGCAUUUCUUCUGCGGGAGCUGCCAAGAAUACAUCACCCGCCUCAGCACCGCCCUCCCGCUAAACACACUCGCAGCCCUAACCCCGCCAACCUCGAUAAUAAUCAUCGGCUGCGGCUCCCCAGAGCUAAUUCCCUACUAUGCAACGCAGUCCUCGACCCCCUACACCAUCUACGCCGAUCCAACGCGGAAACUCUACGAGGAGCUUGGCAUGAUCACCUCGUGGAACGUCGGCGAGCAGCCGGGCUAUAUCUCGAAGAGUGUGGCGAGGUUGGCGGUCGAAGGGAUAUGGCAGGGAUUGCGGCAGGUUUUUAGUGGGUUGGUGUUUAGUGCUGGGCCUGGCCAGCAGCAGGGGGGUGAGUUUUUGUUUGAGAAGAGUGGGGAGGUGAGGUGGUGUCAUCGGAUGCAGUCGUCUUGGGGGCAUACGGAGAUUGGAGAUUUGGAGGGGAUUCUUAGGGGGAAGCAGGUUGGAGGUGGGGAGGGACAGUAG